AUGGCGGCGGUUCUUAGUGGAGACGCCAGGGCGGUGGGCGGGAUUAAGGAGAAGUACGUGCUAGAUCGCGAGCACUAUCGCAGGGAGUUUGGAGUCACCUACCUCUGCCUGGACCACUUCACCGGGGAACUGCUCACCUGCAAGUCGAUCUCGAAGAGGAAGCUGCGGACGGCGGUUGACGUGGAGGACGUGAGGCGGGAGGUCGGGAUAAUGCGGCACCUGCCGAGGAACUCCAACAUCGUGAACCUGUGGGAGGCGUGCGAGGACGACGGAGUCGUGCAUUUGGUCAUGGAGUUGUGUGAGGGCGGGGAGCUCUUUGACCGCAUUGUGCAACUUGGGCGGAGAAGGGAGGAUGUCUUCUCCUACUCCUCCCUUCUGAGAUGGACUGCGAAGCCCUGCAUAAUGGACAUUGAUGAAGCCGGAAGAGGCGCCAUUUUGGGUCCCAUGGUGUAUGGCUGCUUGUACUGCGCGAAGUCCUACCAGAAGACCCUCGCCACUUUGAACUUCGCAGGUGAAAGAUUUUCUGAGAUAGUUGGAAGCCCUUAUUACAUGGCUCCAGAAGUUUUAAAAUGGAAUUAUGGACCAGAAAUUGAUAUAUGGAGUGCUGGAGUUAUACUCUAUAUCUUACUGUGUGGAGUUCCACCAUUUUGGGCUGAAACUGAACAGGGAGUUGCUCAAGCAAUUCUUAGGGGCGUAAUAGAUUUCAAACGGGAACCAUGGCUUAGUAUUUCUGACAGUGCUAAAAAUUUAGUUCGGCUGAUGUUGAAACCUGAUCCCAUGCUUCGGUUAACUGCAAAGCAAGGUUGUCUUUCAUGA